AAAAAAAACAAAAGAGAACAGAAACCUGGAGAGUGGACAGAGAUCCCAAGAGAGGGCAAUGGAGACCUCUACUGAUGUCAUUUUUCCUCAGCAGCAAGUUUCUGGGCCUGAGUAUCUAGGGCAGGGGAGGGAUCUCCCUGCAGACUCUCCUCUCUAUAUCCCCCCCUUUUUUUUCUCCAUACCAGGAAUGGGACUCAGGGCUUUGCUCUUGUGAGGCAGGCAUGGAGCCACGGAGCUAAACCCCCGGUCCUCCUGGUCUUAUCUUGUUGUCAGCUUGGCCUCCUCCUCAGGAAGCUGCAUGUCUCCUCUGGCCCCCAUUCCAUGGAUGUGGAAUUCUGAGACCCCAGCUCAUGAGCAGUGAACACCAAGCUCCAGGGGCUGCCAUCACUUAAGUUUCAGGCUCAGUGUCAUUGAUAGCAGUGUGGGCCACACACAGGUUAAUCUCAUUGGCCAACAUAUUCUGACAGGAGCCUGAGGGGAGUCCCUGUUCCCCUAUGGGCCUCAUUCCGGUGGCUUCCAUUCUCCCUCUGCCUCUGUGCCCCGCUCAGGGGUCUUGUCCCUCCUCCCCGGGCUCCCCCGCUCACGUCCUGGGUGGGGAGGGGCGGCUGUGUGUUGCAUCCCGCCCACCUCCCUCCCCCCAGGCCGUCUGGCUGUUCUUUCCUCCCCCGUCCCAGUCUCCCUCGCCUCCAUCUGUUCCAGCCCCUUCCUGGGCUCCAGCCCGAUACCCUGGCUGCCUCCCCGCCUCGGGGCGGGCUACGCCUCGCACAUCCUGUCCCCAGCCUGCUUCCCCCUUGUCUCCUCAUCUCUCCAUCUUUCAGCGCGUUGGGGCUCUUGCCCUCCCUCUGCAUCUGUGUCCGUCUUGCGGUUUAGUCUUCCCACCUCUCUGCAUCUCUGCCUGUCUCCCCCGGGUCUGUGCUCCUCUCUGGGUCGCUGUCCCACUCUUUUUGGGUUUCAGUCUCCCUUGGGGCUCCCCCAUCUCUCCCUCCUUUUGUGUCUCUGUGGGUCUCCUGGAGCACCCUGUCUCUGUCACCCUCCUUUCCCUACAGCCCCCCCCUCUCCUUAGCUUUUCCCUGGGUCUGAGGUGGCCUCCAAGUGCCCCAUCCACCACCUCAGGCUCCAUCCUGCACGCAGCACAGGCUGGGGCGAGAGGCACGCUGGGGAACGAGCCGAUCUCCCUGGCAGGGCCAUCUGUCCCCUGCCAGGACACCUCCCGCCGCCCUCCCUCCCUGCCCCCUAGGCUGACAGCCUGAACUCCGGUUCCCCAGGGCUGCCCGGGCUGGGCUGCCGGACUCCUGCGCCCACUGCCCUGUCCCCACCCCGCGUCCCAGGAAUGGGCUUCGGUGGCCUCGGAGGUGUCAGCUGAUGGCAGCCCCACACCUGGCUCGCAGCGGGCAGGGCUUGCCCUGGGGGCAGCGCAGGAGCGGUGUGUGCAUAGCAGACCGGCUGGGAAGCAGCUGUUCUUCUGACACCUUCGCCGAGGCCUCUCUAGCACCUUUUGCUUCCUCAAAUAGACUGGGAUCAGAGGCGGGGGCUGGGGGCGCAGGCUCUGGAUCCCAAAGCCAGUGAUGACAGGACUGGAGAGAAAGCGGGCCGGGAUCCUGAUUUCCUGGUCCGAGGGAGGUGGGCCUGGGGGUCAAGAUUCCUGGGUCCUGGGAGGAGAGGACAGCUAGGGACCCGGGCUUCUGGGUCGGAUGAGGCUGUCGACAUAGACCUCUGGGUCUCGAAGAGCAGGAGGGUUUGCCAUGGACUCCUGUGUCGCGGGAGAGGCGGCCCGGGGCCCUGGCCUGCUGAGUCCUAGACUCUCGCCGCAGCCUCCUGGAGAAGCGGCAAGAAGGUGCGGAGACUCUGGAGCUGAGCGCCGACGGGCGCCCGGUGACGACGCAGACCCGGGACCCCCCGGUGGUGGACUGCACCUGCUUUGGCCUCCCUCGCCGCUACAUUAUCGCCAUCAUGAGUGGUCUGGGUUUCUGCAUCAGCUUCGGCAUCCGCUGCAACCUGGGCGUGGCCAUCGUCUCCAUGGUCAACAACAGCACGACCCACCGCGGGGGACACGUGGUGGUGCAGAAAGCCCAGUUCUCUUGGGAUCCAGAGACUGUCGGCCUCAUACAUGGCUCCUUUUUUUGGGGCUACAUUGUCACUCAGAUUCCUGGAGGAUUUAUCUGCCAAAAAUUCGCAGCCAACAGAGUUUUCGGCUUUGCCAUUGUGGCCACCUCCACUCUAAACAUGUUGAUCCCGUCGGCCGCUCGUGUCCACUACGGCUGUGUUAUCUUCGUGAGGAUCCUGCAGGGGGGGUCACAUACCCAGCGUGCCACGGGAUCUGGAGCAAAUGGGCCCCACCUUUAGAACGCAGUCGCCUGGCGACGACAGCCUUUUGCGGUUCCUACGCUGGGGCAGUGGUGGCGAUGCCUCUCGCCGGGGUCCUGGUGCAGUAUUCCGGGUGGAGCUCUGUUUUCUACGUCUACGGCAGCUUCGGGAUCUUCUGGUACCUGUUUUGGUUGCUCGUCUCUUACGAAUCCCCCGCCCUGCACCCCAGCAUCUCCGAGGAGGAGCGGAAGUACAUUGAGGACGCCAUCGGCGAGAGCGCCAAGCUCAUGAACCCCCUCACGAAGUUUAACACGCCCUGGCGCCGCUUCUUCACGUCCAUGCCGGUCUAUGCCAUCAUCGUGGCCAACUUCUGCCGCAGCUGGACGUUCUACCUGCUCCUCAUCUCCCAGCCCGCCUACUUUGAAGAAGUGUUCGGCUUCGAGAUUAGCAAGGUCGGCUUGGUGUCGGCGCUGCCUCACCUGGUCAUGACAAUCAUCGUGCCCAUAGGCGGCCAGAUCGCCGACUUCCUGCGGAGCCGCCGCAUCAUGUCCACCACCAACGUGCGCAAGUUGAUGAACUGCGGAGGCUUCGGCAUGGAAGCCACGCUGCUGCUGGUGGUCGGCUACUCGCACUCCAAGGGCGUCGCCAUCUCCUUCCUGGUUCUCGCCGUGGGCUUCAGCGGCUUCGCCAUCUCGGGGUUCAACGUCAACCACCUGGACAUCGCGCCUCGCUACGCCAGCAUCCUCAUGGGCAUCUCCAACGGCGUGGGCACGCUGUCGGGCAUGGUCUGCCCCAUCAUCGUGGGGGCCAUGACCAAGCACAAGACGCGGGAGGAGUGGCAGUACGUGUUCCUCAUCGCCUCCCUGGUGCACUACGGGGGCGUCAUCUUCUAUGGGGUCUUCGCUUCCGGAGAGAAGCAGCCGUGGGCCGAGCCGGAGGAGAUGAGUGAGGAGAAGUGUGGCUUCGUGGGCCACGACCAGCUGGCUGGCAGUGAUGAGAGUGAAAUGGAGGAUGAGGCUGAGCCCCCUGGGGCUCCCCCUGCCCCGCCUCCUUCCUAUGGGGCUACACACAGCACUGUUCAGCCCCCGAGGCCCCCACCCCCUGUCCGGGACUACUGACCAUGUGCCUCCCACUGAAUGGCAGUUUCCAGGACCUCCACUCCAUACAUCUCUGGCCUGAGUGAUGGUGUCAGGGGACCCCAGUCCUCUCUGUUCUGCCUCAGGCCUAAGAAGCACUCUCCCUCCAUCCCAGUGAUGUCACAACUUUUCCCUUCCUAACUUCUCUCAGGGGUAGGGAAGCCACAGUCUGGUGGUUUCAAGGAUACCCAGAUUCCCCUAAAGUUUCCUUUCUCCAUUUGUGCUGCCUCAGUGGUUUCAAAUCUCUCCUUUCAGGGCUUUAUUUGAAUGGACAGUCCAACCUUGUGCUGUUGUGAUUUUGAGGCAACUCCUCCUUUCCUCCGACCCCAGGGAUUCUCAGGCUGAUCCCUGAGAUUACUCAGCACCCCC